AUGAGCCUUCGAAUCGAGAGCAUGGUCAAUGUACUCACAUGUGACGAGUUGGGUGUCGUUUGCCAGGGCUUUCACCAUGUGAACCCGUGGGGGAUAUCCCCACGGUCAUAUGGGUGCCACAGGAAACAUGCAGUCCGGCAGGUUGCUGAGGAGUUGCACAGCGCAUGUGCAGAUCUCCAGGACGCCUUCCAGCUGCUUUCCGCGGCACAUGUGCUUGGAAGCCUGUUCGCCAACAAGUCUUUUCGCCAGGCAGGCUCCUCUCGCACACUGAAUGAGGGGUGGGUGUUGAUACCACAUCCACCAGUAGAUCCUCCAGUAGCCGCAGAACACGGGGAGCAUGACGCUCAGCCUAUGGUAAUUCAGGAUUGUGAUCAUGCAGAGCCACCAGCGAUUAUUCAUCCGAUUGAGGCCUCCCAGCUUGCCAGUGAGAUGCAGGCCGGCCUCAUCGAGCGCUUGGUUGCAAGGGAGCAGGCGCCGGACCAUCAUGACCAGAUCAUCGUCGGCCAAGUGAACCGAAACUCAGCGGCGCUUUGGGAUCAGCUUCUCCAGGGGCCCUCCCUACGACGCUGCCUUGAUGCGCUGGUUGAGUCGGGCCAUGACAUCCGGACACCUCGCGGCACCUUGGUGUUGGUUCACCCCUGGCAGUAUGAGAACGUGAUGCGGGCAGUGGCGGCAGAGAACCUGACCCGCUCUCACAUAGUCUUUUCCAAGAGCUUCGAGUACCUUCUUGCAGAGAGCUUUGACCGUGUGAGGGGGGCGGGCGCCUGGAAUAAAAGCCAGCGGCCCUUGCACAUAAGCGAAGUCGGCAGCUCCUCCACGGAGCCGGGGUCAAUUGGGACCAUUAUUUCUUCUGAACUUGAGGGUCGGAUAGAAGUGAUGCGCACGUUUCUUGUUUGGAAUCCUCUUCCUGACGAGGGGCCUGCAAUCACGGCCUCGACCACGGAUGCAGAUUCCAGAUUGGGGGCCAACCCCCGCCGCGCAGUUCAUCGUGCUUCCGCAGGUCAGUAG